CUCCCGCCUGAGCACAACGCGCGCAGGAAUGGCUGCGGCACGAGACCUGGAUUUAAUGCAAUAAUUCAACAUUUCCCGUCAAUUCCCAUGGACUGCAAAUUGGAGGAAGUAUUUAGAGGUCUUCUUAAGUCCAUUUGAGCACUUUUAUUUCAGUAUUCGCCUCUCUCAAAUGUCCAAAUCCAUGGCUUUUGUUUGAGAAGACAAGACAGGAGAGUAAACGGCAAAGAAACACCCAAAUUGUCGGACCGUCUCUAUCUGGGAAAGUGAUUUUUUUUUCGUCUGCUCGGCCGCUGAAGGAUGUCGUCUGCCCGGGUCGAUUAUAUCGCUCCUUGGUGGACUUACUGGCUGCAUCAGUUUCCUCAUGUGAAUCUUCGGUUUCAGCCGCUGGAUCACACAUUUAAACCGCAGGAGGAGAACUAUCAGCAGUCGCUCAUCUUCCUGGGCUGUGUAGCAGCGGCUGGGCUCGGUGUGAACCUGCUGUGUUUGGCCAUAUACCUGAGCUGCCUGUGCUGCUGUCGGAAAGAUGAGGAGGAAGAGGAAAGUAAGAAAUCCAACUCUUGCUGUGUGACUUGGGCUGCUGUUGCUGCCGGCCUCAUCUGCUGUGUUGCUGUGGGAGUUGGUUUCUAUGGAAACAGCGAAACCAACGAUGGGGUGUACCAGCUGACCUAUUCCCUAUACAAUGCCAAUCACACGCUGGCAGGAGUGGACAGUUUGCCGGGGAGUUCUGAGAUCCACUGA